AUGGCGGCGGCCGAUUGUGCGAGCGCUGCUCUCAGGCCCCCUAACUCAAUAACGGCGGGAGGAGCAGUCGCGGGCGGCGGCGGCGGCGGCGGCGGCGGCGGCGUGUCUCCCCAGAGCAGCCGGAGCGGGGGCUGCCUUUGGAGGCUCUGGCAGUGCCUGUUGCUAGCAGCGGUGGAGGCUGCUGGGGGUGGGAGUGGUGGAGGCGACGCGACGGAAGGAAGGAAACCAGCCACCGCCGCCGCCGCCGCCUCCCCCGCUGAGCCAAGUUUACGCAAUUUGCAGCGCCGCGCCAGGGCGGCGUGCGCAGCUAAAUUAAGGGGCAGAGCUGUCGCGGGGAGCAGCGCCGCCCGACGAUGGAUUCUACUGCCGAAACGCUCCGAAAUAGUUGCAUCCGCAAAACUUGGAAAUGGGCCGCACAGAGGAGGUGGGCGCCGGGAGGGGCUAGUCGCCGAAUACGCGUGA